AGCUCGGUCUCAGGCUGCGGCGGCGCGCGGAGCGGCGAGGCGGCGGGUCCGGAGGCAACGCGGCGACGGAGGGGCGGGCGAGUCCACGGCGCAGCACCCCCCGCGCCCCCCGCCCCCCAGCGACUGCGGAGAAUGAGCGCCUCUGGCCGCCGAGCGCAGCCGGAGAAUAAACCCCGAUGAUCUCGGGCUGAUCCUGCGCCCGCGACCAUGUCGGUGGCCUUCGCGUCCGCCCGGCCGAGAGGCAAAGGGGAGGUCACGCAGCAAACCAUCCAGAAGAUGCUGGAUGAGAACCACCACCUGAUCCAGUGUAUCCUGGACUACCAGAGCAAGGGCAAGACGGCCGAGUGCACCCAGUACCAGCAGAUUCUGCACCGGAACCUGGUCUACCUGGCCACGAUCGCGGACUCCAACCAGAACAUGCAGUCCCUGCUGCCCGCCCCGCCGACACAGAGCAUGACGCUGGGCCCCGGGGGGCUGUCGCAGAGCGGCUCCAGCCAGGGCCUGCACGCCCAGGGCAGCCUCGGCGACGCCAUCGGCGCGGGCUUGCCGCCCUCCUCCCUCAUGCAGGCCCAGAUCGGCAACGGCCCGAACCACGUGUCGCUGCAGCAGACGGCGCCGAGCACGUUGCCCACCACCUCCAUGAGCAUGUCCGGCAGCAGCCACGGCUCGGGGCCCGGCUACAGCCACUCGGGACCCGCCUCGCAGAGCGUGCCCCUGCAGGGCCAGGGCACCAUCAGCAACUACGUGUCUCGGGCCAACAUCAACAUGCAGUCCAACCCAGUGUCCAUGAUGCACCAGCAGGCGGCCUCGUCCCACUACAGCGCGGCGCAGGGCGGGGCCCAGCACUACCAGGGCCAGUCCAUGGCCAUGAUGGGCCAGAGCGGGCAGGGGAGCGGCAUGAUAGGGCAGCGGCCCAUGGCCCCCUACCGGCCCUCCCAGCAAGGCUCGUCCCAGCAGUACCUGGGUCAGGAGGAGUACUACGGCGGCGAGCAGUACGGCCACAGCCAGGCCGCCUCGGAGCCCCUGAGCCAGCAGUACUACCCCGAUGGACACGGCGAUUACGCCUACCAGCCGUCGUCCUACACAGAGCAGAGCUACGACCGGUCCUUUGAGGAGUCCACGCAGCACUACUACGAGGGCGGAAACUCGCAGUACAGCCAGCAGCAGGCGGGGUACCAGCAGGGCACGGCUCAGCAGCAGACAUACUCCCAGCAGCAGUACCCCAACCAGCAGGGCUACCCUGGGCAGCAGCAGGGCUACGGGCCUGCCCAGGGCGCCCCCUCGCAGUACCCCAGCUACCAGCAGGGACAAGGCCAGCAGUACGGAAGCUACAGAGCGUCUCAGACGGGCCCGUCCGCCCAGCAGCAGCGGCCGUACGGCUACGAGCAGGCAAGCCUUCUGCAUGUUCCCAGACUCGCCGUGUGUGUCAGACGUGACCAGGGUGGCCUCUCUGGUCACGAGCAGUAAUGAGACGGGUGAACUGGCACCCAGGGCCCUUCCAGAACGUCGAUGCUCGGCGCUUGUGAGGUUUUCAGAAAUUACCCGUGUGUGCAUGCUCCCGUUGGCCACUCACAGCUGGCACUUUGUGUCCUCAGCUAUUGCCUCUGGAGCCUCGUCCUUUGACUUCAGGGGUUCCCCAUGUGCCCGGUGGCGUUGUGGUCCACUGUGGGCUUGGGGGACAGUGACCAGACAGAGCUUGGGGUGUGCGUUUCGCCCAACAGAGCCUGCAAGCCAGGAGGGAGCCGCGGCCAGUGGUUCUGGGAGGAGGCCUCGGGGGCAGAGGGACAGGGCAGCGGGUGGCAUGGCUGGCUUAGACCUGCGGCCCUCCCUCAGGUGACAGUGAGCGGGCCUGGCAUCACUGACAGGGACGGGGCAGCAAGGGUGUCCGACCUGCGCAGAGCUGUUCCUCUGCCAGGACGGCCUGGCCUCGCCCACCCCAGGACCCUGGUGCCGGCAGAGGGGCUUUCAGCGAGAUCCGCUGGUGACUGGAUGUGUGGUGGGCGGCAGAGACGGGUGGGGUGACCCCCAGGAUUUCAGCCUGGGUGGCCGGAGACAGUCUGGGUGCAGAGGAGAGAGUCAGGGAGGCAGAGGGUCAGAUGCCUCUCAGACACCCACCGGGAGGCGCUCAGAAGGGCCCUAGAGCAGGAGUGUCGGCCCUCCUGGUGGGAGAACCCACGGGGGGCAGAGGGGGGAAUGAGUGCCGGGGGCGCCUCAGGGGAGGUGACCUGGGGCCAGAAACGAGGAUGAGGGUGACCCAGGGCAGGAGGAGGCUGUGCAAAGGCCCUGAGGCAGCUGGCCUGGUCAGGGUCAAGUGCCUGGUCAGGGUGGGGCCUGUGGGGAGACCCCGUGGGCCGAGAAUUCCCCUGGGUGUCUUGGGAGCGUCCUUUGCAAGAGGUGGUUGUCCACUGGUGGCCUCCUGUGCUGGGUCAGUGGCACUGAGCACAGUUUACAGGCCAGUGAAACGUCCAGGCACCGUGUGGACUGUGGCUGCUUUUCUCAGGUAACUCAAUAGGUAAGGUCCGGGAUUUAUUCAUUUACGUAUUUAUUUAUUUUUAUUUUUUAUGUUUGUUUUUUGCUUUUGAGGGCUGCACUGUUGGCACACGGAAUCUCCCAGGCUGGGGGUUGCAUUGGUGCUACAGCCGCUGGCCUACACCACAGCCACAGCAGCAUGGGAUCUGAGCCCCAUCUGACCUACCCUGCAGUUCACAGCAAUGCCAGAUCCUUGACCCACUGAGUGAGGCCAGGGAUUGAACCUGCAUCCUCAUGGAUCAUAGUUAGGUUCUUAACCCGCUGAGCCACAACAGGAACUCCUGGUAUUUUUAUUUAUUUAUUUAUUUAUUUGCUUUUUAGGGCCGCAGCCACUGCAUAUGGAGGUUCCCAGGCUAGGGACCAAAUUGGAGCUGUAGCUGCCGGCCUACGCCAGAGCCACAGCAACGCAGGAUCCCAGCCAUGUCUUUGACCUACACCACAGCUCAUGGCAAUGCUGGAUCCUUAACCCACUGAGCAAGGCCAGGGAUCAAACCCGCAUCCUCAUGGUUCCCAGUCGGAUUCAUUUCCGCUGCACCACCACGGGAGCUCCUGGUAUUUUAUUUUUAAAUGCUUCUCACCCUGUCCCCUAGAGGGAAAGGAUGGCCGGUUAUACUCAGAGACUGAGUUUUCAGCACAGAGACCCAGGCCCAGGGAUGGGUGGUCUGAGAAGCAGAACUUCUUGGCCGUUGAGACAGCGGAUUGGCACAUUCUCAGGACGCCGGGCUUUUGGCAGCAGUGCCGAGGUCGUUUGUGACGGGGCAAGGCCCCGGCAGACCUCGCCGUUCACGGCAGGGCCAGGCUGGGCUGCAGUGCCGCACACAGUGAGCCGCUGGGUGACGGUGUGACCUCUGACCCCCUCUGACCCAAGCCAGUAGCGAAGCUUGGAUGGAGGCUUCCAGAAGGCCUGGUGGAAACGGGCAGGAGCUGUUUCCUUGCAGGUCCACUUCCAUCUUAUCCUGGGUGUUGGCUGGCGGGGUGGGGGGUCCGUCUUACUUGGGGGCGGGGGCCUCUCCCGCAGGACUGUGGAGGUGCAACCUGUGUCUUGUUCUCUUGCAGGGCCAGUAUGGAAAUUACCAGCAGUAAGGGACAAGCGUCCGUGUGGAGCCUCGCGGUGGCAUGACUGUCCGGGGACGGACAGGCUGGUGACAGUUCUGACGAGCUGUGACCCGUGGGUUGCGCCUUCGCCCCACACAGCGUCUGCAUGUGAGGCGGGCACAUUUCAUGCUGGGUGUGACCGUGAGCGUGCACCGCGGGUGCCAGAGGCGCUUUGAUGGUGUGACGCAUUUGGUGCUGUGUAUAGUAUUGUAUGUCCGUACAACGGAGACGUCCUCCCUUUUUGUCCCCCCGCCCCGGUGUUUCUAGCUAGCUUUAGGGGUCCUUUGGUCACCAGAGUAUUCGGUGCCCAGUGGUGGACGCACCCACACGAUGCCACGGGCCACGUCCUCAUAGAAACAGACCCUGUCGGACCGUGGGUCGUGAGCGUGUCUGUCACUGGCCGCGCCGCAGCUGGGCACGUGUGCACAGCCCCGGGGUGGGUGGCAGCCCCUUCUGUGCCUCGAUGGGGAGGGGGCGAGAGGCAUCCUCUGUGAGUUGAGUCAGUUCCUGGUACACGAUGGAAGGAUUAACAGGCUUCAUUUGAAGAGGCUCUGGACGGCUGUUUCCAGAGCGCCCGCGUUCCCUGUGUCUCUCACCGAUCCCGUUUCUCCGAAAGGUGACGUGUUUUUGUACGAAAAAGUAAAGCGGGGUCAAAGACUGUGGUCCAAAUGCGUGUGAAUCCGUGACGGCAAAGCGGGACGAGCCUGAGCCGGGGGGAGGCUCUCUGAGGGCAAGAGAGGGCAGGUCACUGGAAUUUCCUCGGCUUGGGCCCUUGUUUAGCUAAUGGUCAUUUCUGGGACUUUAGUAUUUAAUAGGCCCAGUUCUAAAUUUACAAUUUAAAACGUAGACACCCAGUUUUCCAGGCAGUUGGCAAGCGUCUGUUUCGCACCCUCUCAUCCAGGACGGCCGUGUUCCCAUCUCCAAGCAAGCGCUCUUUUUCUUUUAGGGAUGUCUGAGAUUCACAUCUCAUUUGUAAACAGAACAGCGCCGAGUUUUACAGUGUUCUUCCUUGAGAAGGAAAGGUCUUUUAUCAAGAAAUUCGAGUCAUUUUUUACAUUCCUAGGACAUCACAUCCCAUUUAAAUUCUGUGCAAACAUUGAAGACAGCUCACGUGGAAAAGUCAGGUCAAAGAAAAAUUCUGCGUUUCACUAGUAAGUCACAUGGACAUUUCAUCACCCUGCACUUGGGCAAUAAUAUCCCUGUUUACUGUGACGCCGUCAAAACGUGUUGGGUAAAUGCUGACCUAUUUCCAAGACAACCAAGAAAAUACAAGAACUCUCCACUUCUUGGUAUAUCAGCUCUACUGAAGGUGAUGGUUUUAAUCAUUUUAAGUUUUACGUUUUAAAAUUUUAAAGUCAUUCUUUAUCCAGAGUUGAAUGCUUUAUGGUUAAUAAGACGUUUUUCAUGUGUUUUUACUGGAGUGAAUUCUGACAGCCCACCUGGGAAUGUGGAGGCAACUGUGGUUGCCGUUCUACAGCUGAAGAACCGAGGCUCAGAGGACAAGGACAGCCCGUGUCGCCUACAAGUCCUGCUCUAGGACCUUCUCCCCGCUUCUGUGGAGACAGAAUCACACAGACAUGGGGAUAGAAGUGGUUAUUUUGUAGACAUACGGGUUUUAGAAAAACCCUUAAUACUGCUAAGGGCUUAAAAAUACAUAUCUAGAUUAAAUUACUGCAAUGAGAGAGUCCUUAAUUGCUAAAUGACACAGACAUUAGCAGUUUCAUUUGGGGAGUCAUUUCCCCUGAUUUUGUUAUGUUCUUUCCUGACAAUUUUCCUAGAACUAAUUUGCAAGUUCAAUUGGGGAUUAAAAUUUUCCCUUGAAAAUGUUAAACAUUUCAGGUAACUGAAAAUAGUUUAUUUGUAUUCCUUGCCAAUCUGGGAAUAUGCCUUUUAUUUUUUUUAAGUGCUGUAUUAAUACUUUUUGAAGGAAAAGGACGCUUAAAAUUUUACCCCGAAACUUCAAUCUGAAAUGUCUUACAUUAAGAAUUUCUUGAAUGUUGUGUAUAUAUUUUUAAAAAAGCACUUUGUGAAAUAGUUUGUACAUUUAUUUCCUAAUUUAUACAUGAUUUUUGGUGUUGAUAUAUUUAAUGAUUAAUAACAAAAUGUUUAUUUAAUGUGUUGUCCAUUCUUAUGUAAUAUUGUGGGGAAAGUGAUGCCAGCAGCUCCUUUUCGUUCUCUGUAUUAUAUCUUCUCUUCUGUAAUAUGAAUGUCUGCAAAGCUUAGGCUACAAUGAGUUGUCUGUGCAGUGUGCUUGGUGGUGCUUGUUUUUGCCACUGCUUCGGCAGAAGGCCGGGGACGGUGGGAGCAAGCCUGCAGACGACGCUCCUACUUCCUGCGCUUGUCCGGAGUCUGACACUGACCCGCCAGUGUGCAGAAGUGCUGACCUGUCCACGGGGCGGGCGUGCCGAGGACCGGGCAUCCGGGCGGGAGCGGGGCCGGAGCCGGUCCAGGUUCGCACGCGGCGCGGCCGUGGGGCGUCCACACAGACCCGCACAGAGGGCGGCCUGACUUUCGGCCGUGGCUGCACCUCUGGGCGGAGUAAGUCAGACGGGCUCAUUCGUGAGCGCGGUAAAAACCAUCCUUCUUGGUUCGUUUCUUUUUUCCGUCGGAGUUUGGCGUCGAAACCGUUUAUGCUUUUGGUGUAAUCUGUCAAUAAACCGGUUCUUCGAAAACCAC